AGAAGAGAGAAGGGAGGGGGAAGAGUAAACACUGCUGACUGAAAGAGCAGAUGAUGGAGAUAGGACAAGUGCAAGGCUUAUGCAGUUUCAUAUUCCUAGGCCUUUUACUAAUCACUGUGACUAUCCCCGGAAAUGCUAGAUUUAUCUCGGCAUCGGAUCCAGUGACCCCAUGCGAAGCCCCUUUGCAAUGGGAAGGCAGAAUAGUAAUGUACGAUCACAACACUGGUAAAAACACUAGGGCAAAUGUCACUUAUGAUGCCAAACAACAGAGAAUUCGGAUUCUGGAAGACAGGAAAAGCCUGGUACCCUGCAAGAGGUUCUUUGAAUACAUAUAUCUGUACAAAGAGUCGGUGAUGUUUCAGAUUGAACAGGUUACUAAAAUCUGUGUUAAGAACACUCUGACUGCACCAUGGGAUCCAUUUGACAUACCUGGAAAUUCCACCUAUGAAGAUGAGUACUACAUUGGAGGACCUGGAGACCAAAUCAUAGUCCAGGAAUGGUCUGACAGAAAGCCAGCCAGAAAAUAUGAAACCUGGGUUGGAGUGUACACAAACAAGGAUUGUUACCCAGUGCAAGAAACCUACACAAAGAAUGACAGCAUGACUACCUCCACGCGAUUCUUUGACUUAGAGCUUGGCUUAAAAGAUCCAUCUGUAUUCACCCCUCCGAGCAGCUGUCAAAUGGCACUGCCACUAUUAAUGAGUAAUGGCUGCUGAGACUAAUAGGCAUUGACAAGUGACUUAUUAUACACUAUGAAUUAAAAAUCAGCUUCAAUUUAGAAAGGAUAACAGUAUUGUUUUCAUGCUAAAAUGAAAAGUUAGAAAAGUUAAUUUUCCACAUGUUUUAUUAUAUAUUAUAUAGCUACAUUUCUCUAAUUUCUUGUGACCUGAAUAAUUUAUAAAGCAAUACUAGGAAUGAUAGCACAUUUACCACAAUCCCUCUUGACAGGCUUAAUUGGAAAACAGUGCAAGUAACAGAG